AAACAAGUUUAUAAUAUUAUCAAGCCAACCUAUCUAUCUACCUGCCUACAUGGGAUCACGUGUCCAAAAAUAUGUCCAAAGCGUUCUGUUGUUGUUAUACGACUGUCCCCAGUUAUCCAAAAACUUAAAUACUUAUAUACAUAUGUAUAUAUAAAUUUACAAUUUAUCGAAGUAGGUCACAGUAUAAAACUUUACACUAUUCGAUAAACAACGCAUUAUGUCCCAGUGCCUGGAGUUUAACCAGCUUACCGUAUUGUUCAUGCUUAUUCAUAUUGGAAUAUUAACUGAAACAAGCGUCGUACCAGUAGCAUAUAUACCAGAUGAAACAAUCGUAAAACCCUGUAGAUCUGGUACAGCUGAUUGUAUGUUUGGUGAUUGUAAAAAAAUUUGGAUGAGAAAAGGUAAACAACGUCAUAUCAUUAUUCAGUGUCAUUGUUGGCCUGGAUAUAGCGGGGACUGGUGUAAUAUCUAUCCACCAGAACGUAUGCCAUGGAGAGGUCUACUGAGAACAGAAGGCAAAGAUGAAAUCACUCCAGUUAUUGAAGGCAGACGAAAAUUUCGUUCAUUACUCGACACAUGGAAUGAAUUAAAUAUUCAGUAUGCUGGUUUCUUAAUCGAGAAAGAUAGUAUUAUUAAUAAUAAUAAUAUUACCGCAGCUGAUCGAUUGCUGAAUAGAUUUAUCCUGUUUGAGAAAAGUUUAUCAGAUAAAGAAGGGAAAACUGAUGAAUAAAUAAUAAUGAUUUGACUUCCUGGAUUGUAAAGAGUAACG